CGAUCGCGGUGGAUUAUGGGCAAACAGGAAGUAAACAAACACAUGCUGAAGAUGGGUAGUUCAGAGCAGGAAACCUCAGAAGAGAUCAGAGUAAAAAAGAUGGAUAUUUUAAAAGAUUUCCAGGUUUCUUUUUUCAGUAUGAGUCGUCUGCCUUCAUUUCCCUGGACUUUUGUAGAAAAAGAUCUUCAAAACAACAGAUCAUCAGAAUUCAUUUCAGAUAUUCUGAAACAGACGUGUCUUCAUCCUCUGUGCAGAAAGUUUCCACCAUCAGUCAGAUACAGGAGGCUGUUCCUCACUGAGCUCAUCAGACGGCAGGAGGCUGCAGGCUGUGAUCCCCUGGACGAGCUGUACGAUGCUCUGGCUGAGGUGGUGGGAGCUGAAGACACGACUGAGUGCUACAAGAGCUACUUACUGCCUGCUGGUGAUGCCGUCAGCCUGCUGGAAAGCGUUGCUCUGAUCUCAGAGGGAACCACUGGUCUGGUGACGUGGGAGGCUGCACUCUACCUGGCUGAGUGGGCUCUGGAUCACCAGCAGGCCUUCACCGGCAGGACGGUUCUGGAGCUGGGCAGCGGCGUGGGUUUGACCGGUAUCACCAUCUGUCGCUCCUGCAGCCCGAACAGAUUUGUCUUCAGCGACUGUCACCCCAGCGUCCUGCAGAAACUGAGAGCCAACGUGCAGCUGAACGGUCUGACCGAGCAGCAGACUCCCACGGUCAGCGUGGAGGAGCUGGACUGGACGGCCGCGACGGAGGAGCAGCUGAGACGGAUCGGGGCGGACACAGUCAUCGCUGCAGAUGUGGUGUAUGACCCUGACGUCGUGGGACACCUGGUGAAGCUCCUGUCCCAGAUCCUGAAGUGUUCCUCUUCUCCUGAGGUCUUCAUCUGCUCCACCAUUAGAAACCCAGAGACCUACAGCAGCUUCAAGCAGCAGCUGGAAAACGCAGGACUCAGCCAUCAGGUGAUCACAGGAGGCGUCAGCCACGUGUUUCCUUACAACAGACUCUCCUCUAUAGAAAUGAUCAAACUGCACAGAUGACACUGUAGCACAAUAAAGAUUUAAUUUACAAAUGUACAAA